AUGGUGUACCAUGCCUUCUCAAACUAUGCAAAAUACGCAUGGGGAGCCAAUGAACAUCGACCAAUAUCAAAGACGUCCCAUUCAGCCAAUGUCUUCGGAUCAGAUAAAUUAGGCAUUUCGAUUAUCGAUAGUCUUGAUACAUUAUAUCUAGCUGGUCUAGAAGAACUCUACGACAAUUCGAGAGAUUGGGUUGAAAAACAAUUCAACAUCAACGUGGGCAGUGAGGUAUCUGUAUUCGAAAUCAACAUUCGUCUCGUCGGAGGCUUCCUCGCCAUGUAUGGUUUAACGAACGAUAAAUUAUAUCUUGAUAAAGCUCAAUUAGUAGCUGAUCGUCUUCUGCCAGCCUUUGAUACGCCAACUGGUAUUCCUUAUGCUUUAAUUACAUUAUCCAGUGGAUCCUCGAGAAAUUGGAAUUGGGCUGCUGGUGGUUGUUCAAUUCUAUCGGAACUGGGAACAAUGCAUCUUGAAUUUCAAUAUCUAUCUCAAUUGACUGGCAAAGAUACUUAUUUACAAAAAGCAGAGAAAAUACGUAAAGUCGUCAAAGAUGCGUCCGAAAGUCACUUGUAUUACAAUUAUAUCAAUCAACAGACAGGCAAAUGGUGUCAAAAACAAGCAUCGCUUGGUGGCUUGGGUGAUAGUUUCUAUGAAUACUUAUUAAAAAGUUGGAUUCUGUCAGGAAAGAAAGACGAACAAGCACGUUCAAUGUAUGAAGAUGCCAUGAAAGCUGCGGAAGAUUCAAUGUUGAGAAAAACUCCAACAACAAAUUUGAUGUAUUUCGGUGAACAACGUUCGGGUCGAUUAGAUGCUCAAAUGGGACAUCUAGCAUGUUUUGUCGGUGGUCUUUACGUUUUAUCAACUUUAUCCGGUGCUUCGUCUUCGAAUACAUCAGCGAAGCAUGAAAUGGAAAUCGCCCAAGGAAUCGGGAAAACAUGCCACGAAUCUUAUAUCAGAUCAGCAACUGGUCUUGGCCCAGAAGCUUUUCAUUUCGAACGUGCUGAUAAUGAAGCGAAAUCUGUGCGAGGUGAUGAAAAGUACUACAUAUUAAGACCUGAAGCAAUCGAAGGCUGGUUUUAUCUCUGGAGAAGUACACACGAUCAGAUCUAUCGUGAUUGGGCAUGGGAUGCGCUCAUUAGUUUGGAAAAACAUUGUCGAGUUGAUGGCGGAUAUUCAGGUAUUCGAGAUGUAUAUUCUGUACCUGUUGCUCAUGAUGACGUUCAACAGAGUUUUUUCAUUGCUGAAACUCUGAAAUACUUAUUAUUGAUUUUCUCGGAUGAUUCAUUCAUUUCUUUGGAUUCCUAUGUCUUCAACACGGAAGCUCAUCCUUUUCGAAUCCGAACUGUGUGA